AUGGCUAUACCAUACGAUAGACGUAGUUUCCUGAAGAACCAAGGGCCAACUAUCUACCUUGAAGAUCCAAUUGAAAAUAUUGCUUCAGCUGAAGCAGCACAAGUAAAUCAAGUUGAAAUCACUGCCCUAAAUGCCGACGAAGCAGCCGCGAGCGUUGAUAAUGAAGCAUUCACGUCUUUCAUUACAAAACUUUUAGAAAAUCCUAACAGGGAAUAUGUAUCAUAA